AUCAAGAACAGAAAGGUCUGAAGAGUAACUUUAAUAAUGUUUCUUAUACGGCCGACAUUAACUAUCUCUCUAAUCGCCCCUCCUCCUCCCCUAAAAGAGAGACAGAAAAUGUAAGGGAGAGGCUUUGAGAUAAAACCCCAGGAAGAACUUCCCGAGUCUGUGCAUGUUGGGGCAGAAAGAGCGGCAGAGCCAACUCCUUGCCUGCUCCCCAGCAGCACCUGUUGCCUUCACUAGCAGCUUUUCCUCCUUCUCUUCCCUGCACUCCCCACAACCAAAGAAUGUGAAGGGGGUCCAUGGAGGGCUCACGUCCUCGCGCCCUGGGCGGCCACUUAGCGCCAUCUCCGCCAACUUUCGACGGAGAGCUGGAUCUGCAGCGCUAUUCCAACGGGCCAGGUGUAAGCACCGGAUCACCAGGAAUGGGCGCAGUGGCCUGGUCCGAGAGUCGGGCAGGUGAAAGGCGUUUCCCUUGCCCUGUCUGCGGGAAGCGUUUCCGUUUUAACUCCAUCCUGGCGCUGCACCUGAGGGCGCACCCUGGCGCCCAGGCUUUCCAGUGUCCACACUGUGGCCACCGCGCAGCGCAGCGAGCUCUGCUGCGCUCACAUUUACGCACGCACCAACCGGAGCGCCCGCGUAGCCCCGCCGCGCGCCUGCUGCUGGAAUUGGAGGAGCGCGCGCUGCUGCGCGAGGCCCGGCUGGGGAGACCCAGAGGCUCGGGGGGUAUGCAGGCGACAUCUGCCACCGAGGGCCUAGUGCGGCCUCAGUCAGCUUCAUCUGCCUUCCGUUGCCCUUUCUGCAAAGGCAAGUUUCGCACCUCAGCAGAGCGGGAACGCCACCUUCACAUUCUGCACAGGCCCUGGAAGUGCAGCCUGUGUAGUUUCGGCUCCAGCCAGGAGGAGGAGCUACUGCACCACAGCCUGACCGCCCAUGGGGCUGCCGAGCGCCCUCUGGCGGCCACCUCUGCUGCACCCCAGCCGCAACCCCCACCUGAGCCUGAACCCAAAUCGGCCCCAGAGCCUGAGCCUGAACCUGAGGCAACUCCUGCCCCUGCUCCUGUCACCGCCGAAGAACCCCCAGCACCUCCGGAGUUCCGCUGCCAAGUGUGCGGCCAGAGCUUUACACAGUCCUGGUUUCUCAAGGGCCACAUGCGCAAGCACAAAGCUUCCUUUGAUCAUGCGUGUCCUGUGUGUGGCCGCUGCUUUAAGGAGCCCUGGUUCCUCAAGAACCAUAUGAAGGUGCACGCAAGCAAGUUGGGCCCACUGCGUACCCCGGGGCCUGCCUCUGGCCCUGCCCGGGCUCCCCAACCUUCAGACCUAGGUCUGCUGGCCUAUGAGCCGCUGGGCCCCGCACUCCUUCUGGCCCCUGCGUCCACACCAGCUGAACGUCGAGAGCACCCCAGCCUCCUGGGCUAUCUGAGCCUGCGCACGGGUGAGGCCCGGCCCAAUGGCGAGGGCGUUGAGUCUGGGCCCGGUCGUAGUUUCGGAGGCUUCCGCCCUCUGCCUUCAGCUCUCCCUGCCCGGGCUCGCCGACAGCGCACCGAGGAGCAGGAUGAGGAAGAGGAGGUGGUGGAGACAGAGGAGGAGCCCUGGGCCCGGAGCAGGUCACUGGGCCCACUGACUACACUGAACCCGCGACCAGGCGAGGGGCCAGGAAACUCUGCGCCUGCAGCUGGGGCGCAGGCACGAUCAGCGGCCACGCAGGAAGAAAACGGGCUGUUGGUUGGAGGGACUCGACCUGAAGGGGGCCGGGGAGCCACCGGCAAGGAUUGUCCCUUCUGUGGAAAAUCUUUCCGAUCUGCGCACCACCUCAAAGUGCAUCUGAGAGUGCACACAGGUGAGCGCCCGUACAAGUGCCCACACUGUGACUACGCAGGCACCCAGUCUGGCUCGCUCAAGUAUCACUUGCAGCGCCACCACAGGGAGCAGAGGAGUGGGGCCGGCCCGGGACCACCCCCUGAGCCUCCACCCACUUCCCAACGGGGUUCUGCUCCGCCUUCAGGCGCCAAAGUGUCUCCUCAGCCUGCCACCUGGGCGGAGGGCACACCAAAUCCCCGGCCUCCGUCGAGUGGGGCUGCGCCAGGCUCACGUAGAAAGCCGGCCAGCCCAGGGAGGACCCUUCGCAAUGGGCGAGGGGGUGAGGCCGAGCCCCUAGACCUGUCUCUGCGGGCGGGGCCAGGAGGGGAGGCUGGGCCCGGGGGUGCCCUUCAUCGCUGCCUCUUCUGCCCCUUCGCCACUGGAGCGCCCGAGCUCAUGGCCUUGCACCUGCAGGUGCAUCAUAGCCGUAGGGCUCGGGGCCGUAGGCCACCUCAGGCUGACGCAUCCCCUCCCUAUACUCGAGCGCCCUCAGGGGAGACCCCUCCCAGUCCUCCUGAGGAAGUAGAGGAGGGGCCCGGGCUGUCCCGAUCCGGAGAGACCCGGCUGGGGGCACAAGAACGGUAGGGAGCCCUCCUAGGGGCCAUUAGCUUAGAGAGCUUCCCCGCCGGCGCCGGGGAGCACUAGAGGUAGUUGGAUAGAGCAGCCAGCAGGGGGCAGCACGGGACCCAUAUCCCAGCCCCGAGUGGACCAGAGGUGGAAGGGCAGUGGGCAUAGGAGGGUGGGCAGGAGGUCCCCACCCAGCCCAGAGGAGAGUCACAGUGCCUUAGAAGUGGCAGGGGUGAGGGUCAAAGAAUGGGGUCCCAGGGUUGGCAGAGAGUCGUGUCCCUCUCUGUAGAGGAACCGCUCUGCCAAUCUUUGCUGGUCCAUAGGUGUGAAAGUUUAUUUUUGUACAAGGGGUGGGGGUGGGGGUCCCUGUACCCUUCUAGCCCCAUCAGGGGCCCUGUAGACGUCGCUAUUUUUGGUACGAUCCCUGUCAUCCCUGUUGCAGAGUCGUGUCCCCAAUAAACAGGUGUCUUGAGGCACAGGGCACUGUGUCUGUCUGCCUCUGUCCUGA